GCUACCAGAGACAUACAGAUUAGUCAAACUCGACGACACCGUAUUUCGUUAUAAGUCUCUCUCCAUCUCUCCCAACCCUAAUCUCUCUGUGCACAUCUCGUCUCUCUCCGAUCAUCUCUCUCCGAUCAUCUCUCUCCAGGUUUGCAAAGUAGGGUUCUUGGAAGUUCCACCGUUUCGAAAUUGCGGUGAUCAGUUCUUAUAUAUAAGAUGCACUUUUGGUCAUCAACAUACAAAAAUGCAGAUAUUCAGUUGUUUUUCUCAUCUCAAUGGACUGCAAAAAGUUUAUCCAGCUGGUUGAAGAGAAGAAGAAGAGAAUUCUAGAAAAGAAAGAAGCCCCUUUGAAGUGGGAGCAGAAGCUUGAAGCUGCUAGGCUAAAAGCUGAAGCGGAAGCUGAAGCCAAAGCAAGGAAGAAGAAGGCUAGAAAGCAUAAGAGAAGAUCUGUAUCAGCAUCUGACAGUGAAACUGAUAGUGAAAGCACAGAUGGGGCUAGAAAGUCAACCAAAAGGACAAACAGGAAGCAUAGUAAGCAUGCUCACUCUGAUACCGGUGAUGAUGAAAAAGGUAAGGAGAAGAGAUGGAAGCGAAAAUCAAAACGUCACUCCGGCUCAAGUGAGAGCAACAUUGAUGAGAGUGAGCGUGAUGUGAAAUAUGAGUUGAAGAAGAAGCGUGUUACUAAGAAGCGGAAGAAUCAUGACUUUGAUCUGGAUUCUAGUGCUUCAGAUGACUCAGGUGAUGAGGAUACUGCUGCAGCCAGAAGAAGUCAUGUGAAGCGGCAUAAGCGUCAUAGAAGAUCUCACUCCAGAAGUUCAGAUUUUUCAAGUGAAGAGGGUGGGGAGGUCAGAAAAAGAAACCAUCGAAAGCAUGAUAAUCACCGCCACCGGAGGUCUCACUUCAGCAGUUCAGAUUCUUCAAGUGAUGAGGAUGGGGAGGUUAGAAAAAGACGUGAUCGUAAGCAGAAAAAUCACCACCGUCACCGGAGAUCUCAAUUGAGCAGUUCAGGUUCUUCCAGUGAUGAGGAUGGAGAGAUCACAAGAAGAGGCCAUCGAAAGCAUAGCAACCGCCAUCACCAUAGACGAUCAGAUUCUGUUCAUUCAGAUUCUUCAAGCGGUGAGAAAACACUUAAAAGAAAGAAUCAUGAAAAGAGCCACAAACAUCAUAGAAGAUCUCGUAGUCAUGACUUAGUUUCCUCAGCUUUGGCUGACGACAGAUGUGGUGGUAGCUGGUCUCGAGGUGACUCGCCUGGUUAUAAAAAUGAUGGAUUAAAGAGAGGGGAGAAGGAUCAUAACCAUGCUCAAGACUAUGGGCAAGAUAAACUGGAUGAGCCUGAGCAGCUGAAUGAUCUUGCCAAUCGAGAAGCACAGACUAAUGGAAACUUUAUUGAGAAAUCUUGUGCAGGUCAAGCUGAAGGGCACAGUGAAGGUGAUAAGAAAAAAGCAUGAAAUGAUCUCUGAACACUUCACAAUAAUAUGUCAUUUCGCUGAUAAUUUCACUUAAACUAUGUGAUGAACUUGUGAUAAUUUCGCUUAAACUAUGUGAUAGGACACAUGUUCCUUCUGUUUUUUUGGUGGGUGCCGUUUGUUGUUUCAGGAACGCAGUUUGUUGUGAUUACCAAGACUAUUUUUCACAAUAUUUAAGCUCACCAAGAUUUGUUAUGUUUUUUUC